AUGCCGGUGGGAAUUGAAACGCUCCCUCUGGAGCUGCAGGAGGCGAUACUCGACUUCAUCUUCAACAGGAAGCCCCCGGUCCGUCUGGCCGACGGGGAGACACCUAAGCCCCGCAUUCCACAACUAAGGGAUCCGCUGGCGAUCCUAGCCCAAGCCCGACCCCAGUGGAGGGCCAUCAUUCAAAGUCGACUGUACAGUCAUAUCAGAAUCAAGGCCAGUGCGACAGGCUUGAGGGAGUGCAAGCAAUGGUUCACCGAUCAUCCAUACCUGGCAGAACAUGUGAAACACAUUGAGUUCUGGCUUCCUGUCUGGGGUCCGCUGAACGCUGAUGGCAAUCCAGUGGGCCGGCCACAAAGGUUGACUGCUGCUCUGACACCCGACGGGAGGUUGACGUUUAUCGAUGAAACCAAAUAUCCCAAUGCGCAGGGCAACGCAUCAUUGAAUGAAAUCUUCCACGUUGUGAAGAGGUUCUUUCCUUCGGCCAUCACAAUGACUAUCGACGGGGGCGAGAAACACCGGAUCCAACCCGCCGAGAUACGGUUUGAUUUGGACAGCGACGGGACCGUUCUUUUGCCGCUGACUAAACUCGAUAAAAUCGGCACCCUUGUGAUGCGCGGUGCCUGGAACUUGGUGCGAAGAUGGGAGACAUGGCGUGAGAUUGAAGCGGCGCUUCCCAACAUGACCGGGCUUCACUGUUUGUAUUCCCAUGCCCACAACGGGAACUACAUGACGACGUUGUACUUGGCGGCAGAUUUCCCCGAGAAGCUUGAGCAUCUCAACUUGACGCUCGAGGGAUACAGUGACAGGCGGGAUAAUAUCCACAACAAUAUCCCCAAGCCCAUUCUCCUGCCAAUUUGCCAAAGUCUUGGUGUAGCCACAUACCAAUUGAAGACCCUCACUUUGACCGGCCGAGUUUGCACUGAUUUCUUCAACGCACUCCUUUGCCACGGACGCAGGGUGAGCGCGGGAAUCUCGCCUCUUCGUACGAUCGAUAUCACAGUGAAGGGUUGUUGUUUCCACCAAGUUGCCCAGGAUGAACACGGUAAUGAUCGGGUUGUCACCUACCAAUCGGCUGGUAUAAAUAGCAGGUUGUUCAAUCGCUCAUUCCAUUCACUGGUUUGCGAAGGUCUCACGGCCCUUCAAGUGUUGCCCAACGUGAAUCAUCUCCGAAUCCGAUUCAUCGAUAUGGAUUCGCAGCUCCCUCUGCAAAAUCCGUACUUUGAGCUCAAGGACGAUCGGUGCACCGGUUUGUGGAGUGUUCCUAUCUUACAACUACUUGAGAUCUGCCGGCCGCGUGCCAGCUUUGUCGAGCUCAGCGAUGGGAUCGAGCCGGUAUAUGAUGAGGACGGAGUGUUGGUAGAUGUGUGGCCUGUUCGCUUUCGUCCACUCAGCAUUCGGGCUAGACAGUACAGCAUCCUCGAGAACCCUAACGAGCUUAAUCCUGACCAGUUCUGA